AUGAAUUCAUCGGAUAUCCCGAAAAUCAAGGCUAACCUGGAACUUGGAUUUGCGGGGGUGAAAGCCCAGGGAACUGGAGCUUACAAUACCGAGGACUUGCGGAAGAUGGCGAAUACCCAUGUUUUGGUGGCAUAUCGUGGCGCGAAUAUUCCCAAACCUGAUGAUAAGAAUUGGGAUAUGGAUCGGAUGUUCGAGGUUGCAUCCAAAUUUGAGAGCUAUGUCGAUGAAGGAAGAGAGGCGGUCGCUGUUGUUCUGGAGAAAUAUUUGGCAGUUCCCGAUUUCAUGAGGCUGAACAAUUUCUCCGAGCUGAGAAUGGAUACGAGUCAGGCAGCAAACAGAACCUACGCCAUGCUCGAUGAUCUUGUGGCUCUCCAGGACCUAAAGAACAAUUUGGACAACUUGAUAACGAAAGCAAGCAACGAACAAGUGCAAUUGCAGCUAUCAGCUAUGGAUGGAGCCUAUGAGGCCAAUCUCAAUGGUUUACAGGUGGCUUUGGCAGACGUGAAGAUUGCAAUUUCCGCCAUUCUGGAUAACGCGUCUAUGAUGGAAAACGAUCCACAGAUGUUUGAGAAGAGUGCAUCCCCAUUGAGGACCUAUACUGCGGCAACCAUCAUCAAGGACAAGUUGCCUCGUGCUAAACCCCAUUUGGAAUGA